AAAUUAUCCCUAGAAUCCAACAGUCAGGCAAAGGGUUUUAGACUUUUAGCUCAUUUCUCUCUCCUCAAAGAAAAACCCUGCAAUCGAAAACUCAGAAACCCUAAAAAUGGAGGGAGCAUCCUACCAACGGUUCCCCGAAAUCAAAAUCAGAGAAAUGCGUGAUGAUUUCAUGAAAUUCGAGCUCCGCAAAACCGACUCCAGCAUGGCUAACGCUCUCCGCCGUGUAAUGAUAGCCGAGGUGCCGACGGUCGCGGUCGAUCUUGUCGAAAUCGAAGUUAACUCUUCUGUUCUCAACGACGAGUUCAUCGCUCACCGCCUCGGCCUCAUCCCUCUUACUAGUGAACGUGCCAUGGCCAUGCGGUUUUCGCGUGACUGCGACGCCUGCGACGGUGACGGACAGUGUGAGUAUUGCUCGGUGGAGUUUCAUCUUCGGGCCAAGUGUAUCGGCGAUCAAACCCUAGAUGUUACUAGCAAGGAUUUGUUGAGCUCUGACCAUACUGUUACUCCGGUUGAUUUCUCUGAGGCUCCUGCUACUGAAGAUGCUACUGAUAACAGGGGGAUCAUAAUCGUGAAGUUACGUAAAGGUCAAGAGUUGAAGCUUAGAGCAAUAGCUAGAAAAGGCAUAGGGAAAGACCACGCUAAAUGGUCUCCUGCUGCAACAGUCACCUUUAUGUAUGAACCGGAGAUUCUUAUCAACGAUGAUUUGAUGGAAUCCUUGUCACUAGAACAAAAGAAAGAUUGGGUUGAAAGCAGUCCUACCAAAGUCUUUGACAUUGAUCCUAAUACUCAGCAGGUUGUUGUAGUUGAUCCUGAGGCCUAUACCUAUGAUGAUGAGGUGAUUAAGAAAGCUGAAGCUAUGGGGAAGUCGGGACUUGUUGAGAUUUACCCAAAAGAGGACAGUUUUAUAUUUACUGUUGAAUCUACUGGUGCAGUCAAGGCUCCUCUACUUUUGCUUAAUGCAAUUGAAGUCCUGAAGCAGAAGUUAGAUGCAGUUCGAUUGCCUGAAGACUCUGUAGAUGCUGAUGAUUUUGGAGAAUUAGGUGCUCACAUGCGAGGAGGCUGAUUAGCUUUGCCUAAUUUACUCAUGUAUGAUGAGACAAUCCUCAACUUGUUAAUUACCUGGUGGUUGUUAUUCUCUUGUCUCUUAUUGCAUCCCUAACUUGAAAGUUGAAAGUGGCCUGCUGCUAUUUUGUCCAAAACUAACAAUCACUGGCAUAGACCACUCCUGUAUAGACUAUCUUCCGUGAUGCAUCAUCUGAUUGACCGUUUACUUUAACUGGUGCAGUUUUUGUUGUGUAAUUCAAGCUGAAAAACAGAAUCCAAAGUUUUGACAAACUAUAUAAUGCCUUGUCAUUGCUCGUAUCAA